AUGUUGGAGGAGAAAAUGUUGGAGAAGGAAAGAAUAUGGAGUAAAAAGAGAAAAUAUUGGGGAAGAAGAGAGAAUAUAGGAGGAAGAGAGAAAAUAAUUGAAGGAGAAGAGAAAACGUUGUGGAAAAAGCCAAAUUUUGGAGGAGGAAUAAUGGAGAAGAAGAGGAAACGUCGGGGAAGAGAAGAGAAGAGAAGAGAAGAGAAGAGAAGAGAAGAGAAGAGAAGAGAAGAGAAGAGAAGAGAAGAGAAGAGAAGAGAAGAGAAGAGAAGAGAAGAGAAGAGAAGAGGAACGGAUGGAGGAGAAGAGAGGGAAGAUGGAGGCAGCCGUGUGGGCGCGUGCCAAGGGAGGAGGGCAGGGGGGGGGCAGGGGGGCAGGGGCGGCCCCACAGCCCCAAUCUGCCGCCGGUGCCCCCCGCCCGCCGCGGGCAUGCAGGGCAUGGAGCUGUGCGCCGUGGCCGUCGUCAUCCUCCUCUUCAUCGCCGUCCUGAAGCAGUUUGGCAUCCUGGAGCCCAUCUCUGUGGAAGACACCAGUGACGGCGACGUGGAGCUCUCGGCCGCCCGGCACCAACCCGAGGGGCUGGAGGAGCUGCAGGCACACACCAAGUUCACCAAGAAGGAGCUGCAGUCCCUCUACCGUGGCUUCAAGAACGACUGUCCCAGCGGCCACGUGGACGAGGAGACCUUCACGCUCAUCUACGCGCAGUUCUUCCCGCAGGGAGGUGAGCCGGGGGUGCAUCACCCCCCCCCUUUAAAAAGCAUCGCCCACCCCCCAAAAACAGCCCCCCAGAAAUACCCCGACCCCACGGGAUGCUCCCUAACUGCCCCCUCCCCAGAUUCCAGCGCCUACGCUCACUUCUUGUUCAACGCCUUCGAUGCGGACGGCAGCGGGGCGCUCUGCUUCGAGGACUUUGUCGUCGGGCUGUCCGUCCUGCUGCGGGGCACGGCGCAGGAGAAGCUGAACUGGGCUUUCAACCUCUACGACAUCAAUAAGGACGGCCGCAUCACCAAGGAGGAGAUGCUGGAGAUCAUGAAAUCCAUUUAUGAUAUGAUGGGCCGCUGCACCCUGCCUGCCCCGCGGGACAGCGCGCCUGCAGAGCACGUGGAGCAGUUCUUCCAGAAGAUGGACAGGAAUGGGGACGGCGUGGUGACCUACGAGGAGUUCCUGGAGACGUGCCAGCAGGAUGCGGACAUCAUGAGCUCCAUGCAGAUCUUUGAGAACACCAUUUAGAGCACAGGGAUCCCAGGAUGGCCGUGGUGGGACACGGCGUGAGAGAUGUUGCAAAUGAGGAGGAACCCUGAAUAAUGAGAAGAAAAACCUCAAUAAUGAGGAGAAGAACCUCAAUAAUGAGGAGAAACCCUUAAGAAUAAGGAUGACGUGGCCAGCUUGCACAUUGGAACCCCCCCCCCCCCCCCGGCAGUUCAUUUUGGGGCAGAUCUCCCCAGAAAUGGGUCACUCUGCCCCAGAGGUGACCCAGCACAAGGUGGACAUUAUGGGAUGGAUGCGACAUGAUGGAUGGGGGCUGAGAUUUGCUGUUCUGUUUUUUUUUUUUCCCCUCAAUAAAGCACCCGGCCAUGAUGUGGGGAUCCCACAGCGCUUCGGCCCUCCGCCACCUCGGCACCUGGGGCCGUAUCUCCCCCGA